AUGGCGGAACAGCAGCAAUUCUACCUCUUGCUGGGUAACCUGAUGAGCCCUGACAACAAUGUCAGGAAACAAUCCGAGGAGACCUACGACUCAAUCCCUGGUCAAACGAAGAUCAUGUUCCUGCUUCAGGCUGUCAGAGAUCCAUCUGCUGCAGAGGAGGCCCGACAAAUGGCAGCAGUGCUUUUGCGACGGCUGCUGUCAUCUUCUUUUGAAGAGAUCUAUCCAGGGCUCUCAGGACGGCUGCAAACAGACAUCAAAACAGAACUUUUGGCCAGCAUCCAACAGGAGACUUCACCAAACAUCCGCAAGAAGGUCUGCGAUAUUGCAGCGGAGCUGUCCCGCAACCUCAUAGAUGAUGAUGGAAACAACCAGUGGCCAGAGGUACUCAAGUUCCUGUUCGAAUCUGUCAAUUCAGACAACGUCGGCCUGCGGGAAGCUGCCUUGCAUAUAUUCUGGAACUUCCCGGGAAUCUUUGGGAAUCAGCAGCAGCAUUACAUGGAUGUUAUCAAGCGUAUGCUUGUUCAAUGCAUGCAGGAUCAAGCAAAUCCUCAGAUCCGAACCCUGGCCGCCCGGGCUGCUGCCUCUUUUGUCCUGUCUAACGAAAGCAACUCGGCGCUACUUAAGCAUUUCUCUGACCUCUUGCCAGGCAUUCUGCAGGCAGUGAAUGACUCCUGCUACCAAGGAGACGAUUCAGUCCUCAAAUCUUUGGUGGAAAUUGCAGACACGGCUCCCAAAUUUUUGAGACCAAACUUGGAGGCCACUCUGCAACUCUGCCUGAAGCUCUGCGGAGAUCCCAGCUUGCCCAACAUGCAGAGACAGUUGGCACUGGAAGUCAUCGUCACCUUAUCGGAGACUGCGGCGGCCAUGUUAAGGAAACACAUCAAUAUUGUGGCUCAAAGUGUGCCUCAGAUGCUUGCAAUGAUGGUGGAUUUGGAAGAGGAAGAGGACUGGGCAAUGGCUGAUGAGCUAGAAGAUGACGAUUUUGACAGUAAUGCAGUAGCGGGAGAAAGUGCUUUGGACAGAAUCGCCUGUGGUCUGGGAGGAAAGAUUAUUUUGCCACUGAUCAAGGAGCACAUCAGGGUGAUGUUACAAAACCCUGACUGGAAGUACCGCCACGCUGGGCUAAUGGCGCUGUCGGCCAUUGGUGAAGGCUGCCACCAGCAGAUGGAGGCAAUCCUGAAUGACACCGUCCUCUCUGUACUGCACUUUUGCGCAGACCAACAUCCAAGGGUGCGGUACGCCGCCUGCAACGCUAUUGGACAAAUGGCCACAGAUUUUGCGCCAACUUUCCAAAAGAAAUUUCAUGAAAAGGUGAUCAAUGCACUGCUCCAGACCAUGAAUGACCAGAGUAAUCCCAGAGUACAGGCGCAUGCUGCUGCAGCUCUCAUUAAUUUCACAGAAGACUGCCCCAAAUCGCUUCUCAUUCCUCAUUUGGAUAAUUUGGUGAAGCAUCUCCAUCUGAUCAUGGCAGCCAAGUUGCAGGAGUUAUUCCAGAAGGGCACCAAACUGGUCCUGGAACAGGUGGUCACCUCCAUUGCAUCCGUGGCAGACACCGCAGAGGAGAAGUUCGUGCCGUAUUACGACUCAUUCAUGCCCUCGCUUAAACACAUCGUAGAAAUCGCCGUGCAGAAGGAGCUGCGGCUACUUCGGGGCAAGACUAUUGAGUGCAUCAGCCUCAUCGGUCUGGCUGUGGGCAAGGAGAAGUUCAUGCCGGAUGCCUACGCUGUCAUGCAGCUGCUUCUCAAAACUCAGACCAACUUUCAUGACCUUGAAGAUGAUGAUCCACAGAUAUCAUACAUGAUCUCUGCCUGGGCAAGAAUGUGCAAGAUCCUCGGGAAGGACUUUCAGCAAUACCUUCCAGUGGUAAUGGGCCCCUUAUUGAAGACUGCAUCUAUCAAACCUGAGGUGGCACUCCUUGAUACUCAGGAUAUGGAGAACAUAUCAGAGGAUGACGGAUGGGAGUUUGUCAACCUUGGAGACCAGCAGAGUUUUGGCAUCAAGACUGCUGGCUUAGAGGAGAAAUCUACUGCUUGCCAGAUGCUGGUGUGUUAUGCCAAAGAGCUGAAGGAAGGUUUUGUGGAAUACACUGAGCAAGUGGUGAAGCUGAUGGUCCCUUUACUCAAGUUUUACUUCCACGAUGGUGUGCGCGUGGCGGCCGCGGAGUCUAUGCCCCUUCUGUUGGAGUGCGCCCGCGUUCGGGGGCCCGAGUACCUCACCGAAAUGUGGCUCUUCAUGUGCGAUGCCAUCAUUAAGGCGAUCGGUACGGAGCCGGACUCUGAUGUCUUGUCGGAAAUCAUGCAUUCUUUUGCCAAGUGCAUUGAGCUGAUGGGAGAUGGCUGUCUGAACAAUGAGCAUUUUGAGGAGCUGGGUAGCAUUUUGAAAAGCAAACUGGAGGAGCAUUUUAAGAACCAGGAGUUGAGGCAAGCUAAAAGACAGGAUGAAGACUACGACGAGCAAGUGGAAGAAACGUUGCAAGAUGAGGACGAGAACGACGUUUACAUCCUGACCAAAGUGUCAGAUGUCCUGCACUCCGUUUUUAGUAGUUACAAAGAGAAAGUGCUUCCUUGGUUUGAACAGUUGCUGCAGCUUAUUGUCCAGCUCAUUUAUCCCAACAGGCCGUGGGCUGACAGACAGUGGGGGCUGUGCAUUUUUGAUGAUGUGGUGGAGCACUGCAGCCCGUCUUCCUUCAAGUAUGCGGAGUUCUUCCUGCGGCCAAUGUUGCAGUCUCUGUGCGACUCCAGCCCUGAAGUUCGGCAGGCGGCCGCUUACGGUGUUGGUGUCAUGGCGCAAUAUGGAGGAGAGAGCUACCGACCGUUCUGCACAGAGGCCAUUCCCUUGCUGGUCCAAGUCAUCAAGGCGGCCGAUUCCCGCUCCAAGGAGAAUGUCAACGCCACAGAAAACUGCAUCUCUGCUGUCGGCAAGGUCAUGAGGUUCCGGCCAGAGUGCGCAAAUGUCAAUGAAAUCCUCCCUCUCUGGAUCAGAUGCUUACCCCUCAAUGAAGAUAAAGAGGAGGCCGUCCACACUUUUGAUUUCUUAUGCGACUUGAUUGAAAGUAAUAACCCUAUUGUCCUCGGACCCAACAAUUCCAACCUGCCCAGCCUGUUCCAAAUCAUCGCCGACGGGGUUGCAAACGAGUCGGUGAAGACUGAAGACGCUUGCAGUAAACGUCUUGCAAACGUCAUCCUUCAAGUGCAGGGGUCGGGAGGAUUGUGGUCCAAGUGUACAGAGACGCUAAAUGAGACUCAACAGAAAGCCAUACAAGAUUUACUGACUGCCGCCUGA